CCUUCGUGUGUGUGAAUGUGUUCGAAGCCUGUAUUUUGAAAGCUGUAAAAUAUAUUGAUUGAAUAUCUUCGCUUCUGCUCUCCGAUUUUCCUGUUUUUCUACCAAAGAAACAUAUUUCCAUGCGCGGUGUUUGGUGAGAAAGCAGAGAAAGCAAGAGAGAUGAAAUGAAUGAUGCAAAGUAAUAGUGUGUGUGUUUUUUAUAUAAGUUUGCUUACAACGUUUAACACGGUCCUGUUGUAGAAAAGACAAACAUCGCUAAUUUUAACUUUUUCUAGUUAUGCGCAAGAAGCUAAUACCAGAACAAGUGAACCAGAUUGUAGUGCAAAGAAUCCUGGAUUCCAUCAUGGUCCAAAACGAAUAGCUGCCGAUGAGAAAUCAUCCUCCUAAGACUACCGAAAACUGGAUUUAGCCAGCCGACCAAAACAAAUUAGUACAGACUUAACAAUUAUAAGCCGCAAUAUAAUGUUAUAGCGAAUCUACUUCCAAUGUUUGACGGAUUGCUCACGUGACUUGUAAGAAUGGUACGCUUGGUGGGAUCGAAGCUGCUAGCCAGGCUAUUACUUCUGAUAUCGUCCGUCACGUUGAUAUCGCUGAUGGUAUUAACACGCUGUGGAUUAGGCGGACUAAUAGUUAAAGAAAAUGGAUCAAUCAUCAGUGAUUCUGGCAAUGGGGCAGAAAGUGAUGCUGAGGUCAAAUAUGUUGGUGAACGGAAGCCUCCAUUGGCACUCGAAUAUGUUCAGCAACAAAGCCACUACCAAUCCGAUGCUGAACAACAGCAGAACGGUUAUUUACAAAUGUUGCAACAGCGCGAGGAAGAAAAUCUCAAAGAGGUAGCGAAAUUGACCGCUGAAAUAAAAGCUUUAAAACUCCAAAUCUUACAGUUGAAAAAUAGGUUAAACAGUGCUGGUAUAGGUAUGCUGCAGGCAAGUGUAGCGGAUGGAACAUCCUACAGUUCUACAGUAAAUGAUAGUAGCUCAAUGCUAGCUAAUGCUCCCCAACCGCCACAAAUGUUGCAUGAUUGUACUGCAUUCAUAAGACGGCAGGUAGGAUCGGCCGAGAUAUUGCACGGUUUGCCGCUAAACAACGAGUAUGAGCUAAUCCCGUUCAAUCACUUCACCUUCAGUCGGGUCUAUCCGAUCGAACUUGGACUCGGAAAGCGAGUUGUCGAAAAACCAAUUGGCUACAAAAGAAAGGAUCUUUUGAGCGCUCUAAACAAGGGAUUGGAGACCCUCAAUCGGAACAUUUCCGCAGCAACUCUGCGCUACACGUUGGAUGAUUUCAUUGAGGGCAUAUACCGUAACGAGCCCACAACCGGCACACAGUAUGAGCUGUAUUUUCGUACGAAGGAAUUCCAGAAUCGAACUCAACAGCAACAGCAAGUGACACCACAUCAUGAAUCACACACGCACGGUACCACGAAGCUGAUCAUCAUGCGACCGUUUGCUUCAUUGCAGACAGUUCAGUUGGAAGCUUAUCCCAAGCAACACGAAAAAGAAAUUAUUUACAUCAUCCUUCCGCUCUCCGGCCGCAUCAAUACGUUCCAAAGCUUCAUGGAGAAAUAUGUGAAGAUAGCUCUCAAGCAUGAUAGACGUGUGCAUCUAACCGUCGUCUAUUUCGGUGAGGAAGGACUAGCGGAGGCGCGAACGAUUAUGACCCGAGUAAUUGGAUUGAAGAACAGUGGAGCUACUAAUUCCAACUUGAAGCUGCUCGCACUGAAUGAGACGUUUUCCCGAGCAAAAGCGUUACGAGUGGGUGCGGAAAACGUAUGGAACUCACAGGCAGGAAAGAACAGCGACAUACUGCUGUUCAUGUGCGAUGUCGAUAUCGUAUUUAGUGCUAAAUUCCUAGAUAGAUGUAGAUGGAACACCAAACCAAACAAAAAGGUAUAUUAUCCAGUGGUCUUCAGUCUAUACAAUCCACAUGUCGUCUAUACACUGCAGGGCAAAGAUGUGCCCCCGGAAACGGAUCAGUUGGUCAUCUCGAAGGAUUCCGGGUUUUGGCGAGAUUUUGGGUACGGCAUGACCUGUCAAUAUCGCUCCGACUUUUUACGAGUGCGUGGCUUUGACGAGGAGAUCAUCGGUUGGGGCGGAGAAGAUGUAAUGCUCUAUCGCAAGUACGUUCGAUCUCAUAUCAAGGUAAUACGGGCUACCGAUCCGGGAGUUUUCCACAUCUGGCAUCCAAAAGUGUGCACCGGACCGAUUAUGUCCCUAUCCGCAAAUCAGCGGCUUACUCCCGACCAGUACCGGGCCUGCAUUCGUUCACGCGCCCUUAACGAAGCUUCACAUGCGCAGCUUGGAUUUCUAGCGUUUCGAGAUGAUAUUGCGGCAAACGAAUAUUUGCUAGCGCAAGGUGCCAAACUUAACCAAGAUUCCAAUGCGACCAAAAGUAACCUCAUCCACUCGGAGAACCCUUUGGUGCAAAAUACCACAAUGUACAGCAGAGAUAGUAUAAAGAUUGCUGCAGGAUCGAGUGGGACGCCGAGUAGGGGUGUCAAUGGUAAGAAAGCUACAUGAUCUUUUAUGACACAACAUCAGGAGAGCAUAUGGAGAAUUGAGUUCUAGCAGCGAUGCAUAGCAAGAAAGGAUGUAUCUAUGAUCUUUCUUUGCUUUAACGAUGAUUCCUGAUGUUUAUGAAAGGCUCCAUUUAAUUUAAUCGAUAAGACCAUUUUCCAUGUUUCCGUGAGAAUCAAUUCUUGUAAAGAAUAAGUACGGACAAGGACAGCAGUAGCAAACCAAUGUUAGUUUGUAAAUAAUACUGUACAUAGCGCAACGAAUAAUGAUCACAGUCAAAGCUACAGAUUUUAGGUGAGUUACUUAGUAACUUGGCAGGAUAGCCAUUGGAUUAGAUUUUGGCAAAAGCGUUGCAGAGUUACAAAGUAGUAGGAGAAACGCGAAAGAACCAUCGCGGCAAUAGUAGGAUUUAUGAUCUUUAAAAUUUCUCGUUUUUACUAAUUAAAAGCAAUAAAAUCCCCUCAAUUACAAACAUCAUGACUCCAUAUCGUUAAUACACAAGCAGGUUGACGGAGGAGGGUACGUUUAUGUUAUAAGUUUAAAAGUGUGGAAG